CAAGAAAUCGCAAAAAGCCCGGCGAGAUCGUAAUUUGAGUCAUAAUUCCAUCGGCCAUUUUUAACUAAUAUUAACUAAUGACAAAAUCCAUGUUUCCUAAUACGAAUAACAAGUGAAACAUAAACUUGCAAAGUUGCAAAGACAUGGAUUUUGUGGAUUUGGUGGAUUUUAUGGAUUGACAGUUAGCACGGACUGUUUUGUGGAUUGACAAUAUCGACGUCGGAAUGACAAUUGGGCUGUUGCACAGAUUACUUGGGGGAAACUUUUGUGAACCCCAGGUAAUGCGGCUUCUAACUAUGCCAGGAGACCAGCCAAAAGAGCCUUGCCACAUAUGUGGAAAGCCCUUCACUAAAGGCGCUGGGCUCUCCAACCAUGUUAAAGCCUGCGCCAAGAAAGCACCCACACAAGCUCCUGGUUCCACGUCCGCUCCACCCGACCAACAACCCCUUCAAUCCUUUUUGGCCGGGAAGCAUUACGCCGUCCCUAAAAAAGUGCCGAAGUCUGUCCGACGCCUGUGUGCUCAGUCCCUGACAGAAGUCCUCCGUACAUGCAUCAGAGAAAACACAUCGGCGAGCUGGGCUGAUUUGCUGUUGUUUGGAUCAAGAGCCCUCUGCUUGCCCGCCACCAAAACCCUCCGCAAAGAAUCCCUGUCCUCCAUAAUACGCAAAAAUUUGUCGGAUUUGUCUCGCCAUCAACAUCCUCCACGUCAACAUGCUCCUCCACGAACUCAGCAGGGUGAGCUAUCGAGCGAGCGCAUGUCAGCCCUUGCCACAUCGAUGUUGCAGGACAACAACAUCAGACGCGCCAUUGGGCUGGUAAUGGGCGACGAUUCAGUAGCGCCAGUAAAUGCUGAAACCCUUAAAGAGCUGCGCAACAAACACCCUUGCGAACCAGCGGAUAGUUUGUAUUCCCCUCCUCCCGACCAGUCUAACGUAUCACCCUCAGUAGCACCUGCCGAAGUGCUACAAGCAGUCAUGAGCUUCCCUUCGGGUUCUACCGGUGGCUUUUCGGAUCUACGCCCACAACAUCUGAAAGACCUCCUAGGCGGCCCGCAAGCCGAAGAAAGCGAGUUGUGCUGUGUUCUGGCUGAUUUUGUUAAUCAUGUUUUGCAGAGAGGCGUUCCAGAGGACAUUAGACCGUUUUUCUUUGGAGCAAGGCUAAUCCCCCUGCCAAAAAGACGGAGGAAUUCGGCCAAUUGCAGUUGGGGAAACGUUUCGCCGUUUAGUCUCUAAAAUAAUAACCCAGCGUUGUUCUGACAAGAUGAAGGAAUUAUGCGGCACUGUGCAGUAUGGCUGUGGCACGAAAGGCGGAGCCGAAGCAAUUAUCCACGGGGUCCGCUCGUACCUGGAAGCUACACACGACGGCGAGCGAGUACUGGUAAAGCUGGAUUUUAAAAACGCAUUUAACCUUUUGAGACGGGACGCGUUAUUGGAAGCCGUAAGACAGCAUUUUCCCAGUUAUUACGGCUAUUUCUGGCAAUCUUAUCGUUACGCGAGCCAUUUGGUUUGUGGGGAAGAAGUUUUGUCGUCCGCCCGAGGGGUGCAGCAGGGCGAUCCAAGUGGCCCCUUCGGCUACAGCCUCAUAUCGCUACCGCUCUUCGAUGGACUGGAUUGCGAUCUGUUUCUGGGCUUUCUUGAUGAUGUUACUCUGGCCGGUACCAUGGAGAAAGUGAUCGGCGCGAUAAAAAAUAUUGAAGAAAAAGGGAAGAAGAUGGGCCUCGAAUUGAAUUUCAACAAAUGCGAGUUCUACCUCAUCAAUUCAGCUGCGGAUGCGGGUAAGCCUUUGUUGGAAAUAUGGCCAACAAUGAUCCAGUUGAAUCCAGAUAAUCUUUUCCUGUUGGGCGCACCUUUACAACCAGCCGGUUGUGCGAAAUUCCUGAUGGAAAAGAAAGAUCACCUAUGCAAGUUUGUUCAGCGGCUCACGAAGCUACCUGCACAUUACAGUCUUUUUCUUUUAAAAAAUUGCCUUAGCAUCCCCAAGGUUUUAUAUGGCCUACGCACUGCCCGAUGCUAUGAAUUUCCAGAGCUGUUGAAAGAUUAUGACAAACAACUGUGGAAUGGUGUGGAACAGCUGACCAACGUAAGCAUAACAGAAGCCCAAUGGAUGCAGAUGGCUUUACCAGUUCGGCGUGGUGGAUUGGGAACGCGGCGCAUAGAGACACUAGCUAUUUGUGCCUUUUUGGCAUCGGUGUACGCUGUGCAGCCUCUCGUUUCCAAAUUUUACGCGCCAGCUGGUGACCAUAUGACGCAAUCGGCUGUAGAAAACUGGCUUCAGGUAACACACUGCUCGCCACCAGAAGAUUGUGUGCGGAAGUUUCAGUACGUGUGGGACGUACCGAUGAUUGACAGGGAUGUAUCAAAACUGAUGUUAUCAACGGUUGGUAAUGAGCGCGCAAGAGCCGUAUUGUUGGCUGCAUUUAGCAGAGAUUCUGGGGCCUGGCUGAAUGCAUUACCUGCGCCUUGUCUUGGAACGUUUUUACGAGAUGAAGAAGUCAGAGUGGGAGUGGCAUUACGUUUUGGAUUGCCCGUAGUGACAGCUCAUAACUGCGUGGCAUGCGGCAAAUUAGUGGAGACGAAUGGCCAUCACGGGCUUUCCUGCAAUAAAUCAACGAAAGGGCGAUGGGCCAGAUAUAGAGAAAUGAACAGUAUCGCCAAAAACUGUUGCGAGAGUGCAGGAUUCCCAUGUCAACUGGAACCGACAGGCCUAUCACCAAGUGCGGCGAUUCGACCUGACGGCAUGACCCUUAUUCCAGUCCGUCAGGGAAAGUCUGUUGUAUGGGAUGUCACAAGUUGGUGUACAGUAGCCGAUUCCCAUGUUCACGGAAGUUCGAAGAAGGCAGGAAGUGUGGCUCACCUGGCAGAAAACGAGAAGCGACGGAAGUACUCUCCACUGGAAAGUAGACACCUUUUCUAUCCCUUAGUUGUUGAAACGUUCGGUGUCUUUGGCCUAGCUUUAAGUGAAUUUGUACAUUUUAUGGGCCGUAAAACUCGUGAAUUAACUGGAGAAGCGCGUUCUACUGCUUUUAUGAAGCAACGUUUUAGUUUGGCUGUCAUUAAGGGAAAUGCUACUGCUGUGUUAAGUACGUUGCCUUUUAACCCGCGGGCGGAUAGAGAUUUUGGUUGUUUUUUUAAUGUUUAAAUUUUAACUGUAAAGUAGUGUGCCCGCGCUUGCACUUUUGUUGUUAUGGCGGCUAUUGCCCA